UUCCUCGGUUGUCUGUUUUCUUGAAGUGGGUUCAGGGAAGUGUUGAGGGGGCGGAUAGUUUUGAUUUUCUCUACAUCGUGCUUAGCCAAUAAUGUAGAGGGAACUGUUGUGCACAUCUCAGCUGGCAGACAUUUAAAAGGGAGACAGUCCGGCGCUGGAGCAAUUUGUAUUAAACCCCCUGGCCCCUGUCUAUGGGGCGGUUAGUCUCCCACCCAUCCACAGCCCCGCCAGUGUACAGUCGACAGCAGUAGGUGCCUAUCACGUCGGAAGGUGCCGUAGAGGAGUGACGGGAUCAGAUCAUCGCACUUGUGGCAGUGGAGGCUCGAACAGGAUGGCCAACUCAACGCGUAUCUUCUGCAGUAUGGUUUUCAUCAUGGGGCUGCUCUCCUCUCCCGUGGAUUCCAAAAGAAACCGAGGUUCACAAGGCGCCAUUCCUCAUCCUGACAAAAACAACCCAAACGAAUCGGAGCAGCAACCGCAGCCUCCGCAGGCGGGCUCCGGGUCCCGCCAGAGGCAGGGCUCAUCCUCACCGGCCGACGAGGUGCUGGAGUCCAGCCAGGAAGCUUUACAUGUGACGGAGCGCCAGUAUUUGAAACGGGACUGGUGCAAGACGCAGCCUCUCAAGCAGACCAUCCACGAAGAGGGCUGCGUCAGCCGCACCAUCAUCAACCGCUUCUGUUACGGACAGUGCAACUCCUUCUACAUCCCGCGGCACAUCCGCAGGGAGGAGGGUGCCUUCCAGUCCUGUUCGUUUUGCAAGCCAAAGCGUUUUACCACCAUGACUUUUACUUUAAACUGUCCGGACCAGCAGCCACCCACCAAGAAGAAACGCAUCCAGCGCGUCAAACAGUGCCGCUGUAUAUCCAUAGACCUGGACUAAAGAAAAGUUGUGCGUCUUUUUAACAUUCUCACUCUUUGCGGACAGGAUUUUAAAUAAAGACAGGCGGUCACAGCCAAUAACACGUGCCUGUCUCCACCUAGGAAGAAGCAGCCACGAAGGCUACAAUGAUCCUCUUCUUGCACAACGUGUGAACAAAUAUGGACAUGCGACUUAUGAACUGCAACCAACAUUUUACUCCUCACCAGUUUGCCAAGUUUGAAGCAAAGCAUCACCGCACAGGAACUUGGAAUGGGCACGUUUUACGCACGGCUUCCUCACCCCGAGAGGACUGCAUAACCCCGGUUUAUUUAAUAAAUCAAAACGUUUUGUGUGACAGGAAAACAUUCCCGUCCAUUUUUUUUAAAUUUUUUUUGUGUGCAUAUUUUUAGUUUGUUUAACUGGAUGUUUCCACUGUGUGGAAUUUGACGGAUGAGCUGCGAUAUUUGUAAAUGGAAAAAAAAUGUGAUUUUAUUUCUAUAUUUCAAGAAUCUUUUUGUGAAUUUCGAAGUUUAUCAGCUAUUUUCUUUUCAAAGUUUGGUGCCAACUCAGUUGUAAAGACUUUGUAGAGGCUUCUGUGUUAGUUUGAGCGGACAGUGUACAGCGAUGGUUUCUACAGUAUCGAGGUUAAAUAGUUGUCAAAUGUAAAGCCAUCUUUGAUGUAACCGGUUUUGUUUAUCCCUUUGAUUAAAUUAUCCAUGGAAACAUAAAAUAAACGGAUGUUGGAAUAUUG